AUGACAGAGUUAAAACUACAGGGAAACAAGGUGUUAACGCCUAUUACCGCCAUAGAAACAGACACCACCGUGCCCGAUGCACCAGCGGCUCAUGAUAUACCUGAUGGAGGCUAUGGAUGGGUGGUUGUUUUCGGAAUCGCUAUCAUAAACGCAUUCGCCUGGGGAGUCAGUUCGUCAUUCAGUGUCUAUCUCGCGUUCUACCUCGAUAAUAACUAUUUCCCCGGAGCCAGCUCACUUGGUUACUCCUUUGUCGGUGGAACAAACUUUUUAGCAGCCCUUUGGGUCGCUCCAUUUGUGAAUAUUCUCGCUCGACAUGCCGGCACAAAAGCUUGUAUGUUGUUGGGAUCCAGCCUUAUAUCGGGGGGCUUGGUAGCUGCAUCAUUUGCCCGUGAAUUUUGGCAACUUAUGAUCACCCAAGGCAUCAUGGUUGGAGCUGGCGUGGGGUUUUUGUUUGUUUCUACAGUGCCCAUCAUCAGUCAAUGGUUCUGGAAGAAGCGUAGCUUCGCCCAGGGAAUAACAGCUGGUGGCUCUGGAAUUGGAGGAUUAAUAUUUUCUGCCUCGAUAUCACCCAUGAUUCAAAACAUCUCUUUAGCAUGGGCACUCAGGAUUCAGGGAAUUAUCUGCUUCGUAACUCUCUUUCUCGCCUCCACAAUUGUGCGCGACCGAAAUCACCACCUGCGCCCCAAACAGCAUCCCUUUGACAUUCGAUUCUUCCGCCGCUGGGAUGUCUGGUUACUCCUUAUCUGGGCCUUUUUGUAUCUUCUCGGCUACAUGACCUUGCUCUCUUCGCUUCCGGACUUCAUCCGUUCUUUAGGUCUAUCCCCGAGUGAAGCUAGUCUUCCUGCCAUUUUGCUCAAUCUGGCUACUAUCACGGGACGAGUCGGCGCUGGGUUUGUCUCGGAUCGUUAUGGAAGGAUUACCAUCGCGCUUAUAUCUAGUAUAGCAACUGGUGUAUUAUGUCUAGUGUUUUGGAUUCCGUCUCAAUCACUUGCGCCGACGUUGGUAUUUUCGUUCAUCGUGGGGAAUGUGUAUAGUACUAUAUGGCCGGCAAUUGCGCCGCUUGCAGCCGAGAUUGUAGGCCUCGAAGAAUUGCCUUCUUUACUGGCGAUAGUUUGGCUUACUACAGGCCUUCCAUGUUUCUUUUCCGAAGCAAUCGCUCUACAACUUCGUCGACCAGAUAGUGACCGCCCCUAUCUUUACGCACAGCUUUAUGCUGGGCUCAGUUACAUUGCAAGUGCGCUUUUUAUGCUUGAGCUUCGCCGAAUGAAGGUUGGCCUUUUUAAGCAGGAAAGACGCCUUCAAUGA